AUGAAUCCGCAAUAUCGUCGAAGAAAGCACCCUGCCGAAAGCUCUCCCAGCUUCGAUGAGUUCGGCAGCGGCUCGGAAGGCGAGGGCUACGCUGAGACAAGGUCUGCCAGCAUUCGCGGAGACACAGAUGCCCGGGAGAAUGCGCGGACGCUCCUGUCGCGUUCUGCGGACGUUACAGGGCGCACUUCCAGGAGCUACGGAAGCACAGCCGCUGACGCAAACACCGGAAGACCGCUGGCUCGACGAAGAACUCCGGUUAGCCGAUCACGGCACGAGUCCCCUGCCGCGACAUCCCGCGCACGUGAGCUCACUCCCCAAACACGUGACCGCAUCGCCACAUUGUCGCCCGCGGAUCGGAGGUACCCGACCAGGCACGCAUCGCCGAGACGGCUCACAGAGGUGCAUCGCUCCAACCGUAGUCCUGGGCGUGACGCAGGGCCUCGACUCGACCUGAAGCGAGCGCGGGGUACGUCCGCCAUUCCUGGUACCGGAAGCGGUGCCGGCCCUUCAGCGACCACGGCCAGGACUCCGUCCAUCCUGUCAUCACCUCGGAGGGCAGCGAGCAGGACCGAAGACUCUCAGGCGCGUCCAGCGCAGAGCGUCCGUUUCUCCAGGAUGAAGGACAAAAGGACACCCGGGAGCAAGGAACGAAGAGCCGAGACUGGAGUAUCGUCGAGAUCCGCCGUACCUGCCUCGACGAAGAGCUUCAUUCCCGCUAACCAAGAGUCUUCGGACGAUAGUUCUUCGUCCAGCAGGUCGAGCAGCUCGGAGCUGGAACUGAAGAAAAACAGAAGACGUGUGCAAGCUGGUGGAACGAGGCCCGCUAAACUGACGUCACCUGUAGGAAUCCCCGAGAGGCGCCAGUCGAACACCCCGAAAACACCGAGGAGGCGCAUUCCUCGAGAAAGUGCCACAACUAGCGGUCGCGAACGCCAGGCCAGUCACUCUGUACGCUACUCCUCCAGGAAACGUGUCGCGAGUGACGAUAGUAGCAGCUCCGGAAGCGAGUCUUCGACAUCAUCGAGCAGCAUCAGCUCGAGUUCAGUUGAACACAGCCGGGACGGCGCUACGAGCCAGCCAGACGAACCUCCUGAGGCCUGCGAAGCAUGUGGUCAGCAGACCGACUCCAUCGAGUGCGCCUGGGCCCAAGCGAACGCAAGCUACGUCCGCUUCUUCCCGGCCAGUGAAGACCGGCUUGCAAAACCACGCGUUAAAACCACGGACGCGUCCGUUUGCUACAUCCGACAACCGCGCGACGUUCGAAUCGCAGCCGCCACCAGAUCCGCUGCCACGAGCGACGCUUCCGGGACGGCGUCGAUCUCCGCGUCUCCUGCUCUCGACGCCAGUCGGCGACGUCACCGGGACGCCGGACCGGCCAGCUCGACGCCUUCCAUAGAACGGGUCUCCAGCGCCACCGAACCACCGGCGUCCGUCGUCGUCGUCCUUCCCGACGUCGCAGCAGACGGCUCCGAAGGCGUCGCGUCGACGGACGCUGCCUCUCUGACGAGCGUCGACCGGGAACGGUUUGCGGAGAAGGUCGCUCGCGUCCUGGAAAAGCUGUUGCCUCGAGAACGUCAAGUCGCCGCGGAGCCUCGUUGGACGACUCUCUCGGGUGAUCGAGAACGACGAGAGGUCGGUACCGAGACACCGGGCUUAACACACGCCACUACUACAAGCACUACAGGCGUAGUCGACAGCAGCGACACCGCAGGGCCGCCUCCCGAAGAAGACUGCGGUCAGAGCACCACUGGCGCGCCUCUGGUGGACGAGCUUGCCGAGCAGUCGGAGCCACCAUCUGAUUUGCAACGGCAGAAGCAGACCGAGACAGGGGAGACCACGGUGCCUCAGUGGAAAAGCUCCUCCGCUGAUGCGACCCCACUGACGUCAGGCGACUACGGGGCACGUGACACGGAACUUGCGACAAAGACCGAGCCUGCCACAACAGUGGCAACCGAACUGGAGCCGUCUUCGAGUUAUCUCGGUGUAGGCGUCGUUAUUCCACCAUCGAUGCCGACGGAGGAUAGCACCACCAAGCUGCAGACCCCAGCACCGCCUAUUGAAGAUAGAGAAGUCCCCACGAUAGAAUUCAGGUCUCAUCCUCAGCCCGACCGGUCCGUCACGGUUGAGCCGAGACGGGAGCCGCCGGCGGAAUCGCCGUUACCGGCCGUCGCGAGGACUCGGCUCUGGCAACCCUGGAUCCUGUGCUCGGCGGCGGGCGCCAUGAUACUCCUGCCGCUGGCCUUCGUUCUCGUGCCCUUGCUCACCUCGGCGGCCGCCGGCGGUGCCAGGCGACACGCCGUCUCGCACUCCUCGCACAACGGCACGGAACCGGACGGGCACGUCGUGACCGUCCGAAGGCAGGACGUGUACGUGGAAGACGCCGAUGCUCCAAUCUCGUGCAACGGCAGUGCAUCUAGGCAGCUGGAGAACGCAUCUGCUCUGACCGUCGCUGGAGCCUACAGCGCACCGUACAGGGGCGACUCCGUACCGAGGCCCCAGUUCCGGCCCGUGUUCUGCGUCUUCGACGCGGAGUAUCGCAAAGUGCUUUCCGAGAAGUCGUAG